GAGGGAGGAGUGGUGGCAUAUCAAACGGCAACCGUCUGGUUUAUGAUUCAUUAUUUUUAAAUACAAUAGGAAUUUGAGGAAUUUCAGGUGAAAAUCAUAUCUAAGCUUGGGUUAAGCUGGGGGUUUCGGUUCUGGAGUAGUCUGCUCCUGUGCAGGACGCUAGCAAAAUGACAACCCUGACAACUUCUCCUACAGGGUCCAUCCAGAUUAAGUGGGACCCAAAGAAUCUGGAAAUUCGUACAAAAUCUGUGGAGAAAACAUUAGAACCAUUAGUUACACAGGUUACUACCCUGGUCAACCAGAAAGGCCCCUCAAAGAAGAAGAAAGGAAGGUCUAAGAAGGCCCAUGUAUUGAGUGCGGCAGUACAGAAAGCUACAGAAAACUUUAUUGUCCGUGGAAGAGAAAUAGCAGAAGAAAAUCCAGAAGUCCGAAAUGAAAUGCUUGCAGCUGUGGAUGAAGUCACAAAAACAGGUGAUCAGAUGCGCACUUCCUCACAAGAGUUUGCUGAUGAUCCUUGUUCCUCCAUGAAGCGUGGUGCCAUGGUGCGUGCAGCCAGGGCGUUAUUAUCUGCUGUCACACGUCUACUCAUCCUUGCAGACAUGGUGGAUGUUCAUCUGCUGUUGAAAUCUCUGAGAAUUGUUGAGGAUGAUCUGGAACGUAUCCGCAAUGCUACAAGUCAGCAAGAACUGAUGAAGGAAUUCAAAGAAUUUGGAAAGAAUGUGGUGGAUUUGGUAGAACAAGCAGGCAGAAGGCAAGCUGAUCUGAAAGACCCUCGUCUUAGAGAUGACUUGGCAGCAGCCAGGGCUACACUGAAGAAGAACAGCAUGAUGCUGCUGACCACUUCCAAGGCCUAUGUGCGCCAUCCAGAGUUGGCAGCAGCGAAGGCUAACCGUGACUUUGUCCUGAAACAAGUGUGUGAUGCUGUGAACACAAUCAGUGGGGUGGCCCAGGCUACAGGACAAUCUGAUGCACAUCCAUUUGAGGGCCCUGGAGAACUGGCUGCAGCCCUGGAUGAAUUUGAUCAAAAGAUAAUCAUGGAUCCACUGAAUUACAAUGAAGUGCGCACAAGACCUUCUUUGGAGGAGCGCCUUGAGAGCAUUAUCAGUGGUGCAGCUCUGAUGGCUGACUCUUCUUGCACACGCGAUGAAAGACGAGAAAGGAUUGUUCAGGAAUGUAAUGCAGUCAGACAAGCCUUGCAAGAUCUGUUGUCAGAGUACAUGAACAAUUGUGGUAAACGUAGCAAACCAAGCUACUUUCGUGAGCAGGUUGGUCGUAAUGAACCAAGUGAAUCUCUGGACAGAGCCAUUGAACAUAUGUGCAAGAAGACCAGAGACCUCAGAAGACAGCUGCGUAAGGCUGUGGUGGAUCAUGUGUCCGACUCCUUCUUAGAAACCAAUGUACCACUGUUGGUGUUGAUUGAGGCUGCAAAGGCUGGCAAUGAGGCGGAGGUUGAGGAAUAUGCUCAGGUGUUCACAGAGCAUGCUAACAAGCUGGUUGAGGUGGCCAACUUGGCCUGCUCCAUGUCCAACAAUGAGGAAGGGGUGAAACUGGUGCGCCUGGCUGCCAGCCAGAUAGAGAAUCUGUGCCCACAGGUUAUCAAUGCUGCCCGCAUCCUGGCAGCUAGACCACGCUCCAAGGUUGCCAUGGAGAACAUGGAUGUGUUCAAGGAUGCCUGGGAGAAACAAGUCCGUGUAUUGACAGAAGCUGUGGAUGAUAUCACAACCAUUGAUGACUUCUUGGCUGUCUCAGAGAGCCACAUACUGGAAGAUGUGAACAAGUGUGUCUUGGCACUACAAGAGAGCGACGCUGAUACACUGGAUCGUACAGCUGGUGCCAUCAGAGGGCGAUCUGCUCGUGUCUGCAAUGUGGUCACUGCAGAGAUGGAUAACUAUGAACCUGGCAUUUACACUGAGAGAGUGAUGGAGGCUGUGGUAAUGCUCAGAGAUCAAGUGAUGCCAAACUUUGCUGCCAGAGUAGAAGAUGCAGUGGAUGCUCUCUCCUCCAAUCCACCACGGGAAAUUGAUGAAAAUGAGUUCAUUGAAGCUGCACGUCUUGUAUAUGAUGGUGUCCGUGACAUACGCAGAGCUGUGCUGAUGAAUAGGGGACCAGAUGAAAUCGAGGAAUCUGAUGUUGAGGAAGAUCAGUAUGAUGAUACAGAGACGGAGACCCGUAGUAAGGCAAGCUACAGCAACUACACCGACCAGGAGUAUGAUAGAAUUGACAGCAUUAUGGGAGAACCUUCAGACCGUGCUCUUAUGAGACAACUGCCUCCUGAGGAACAGCUGAAAAUCCAGCAACAUGUGGAAGACUUCCGCCUGGAGAAGGCAAAGCUGGAUAGAGAAAUUGCCAAGUGGGAUGAUAGUGGAAAUGAUAUCAUCAUACUGGCUAAACAGAUGUGCAUGAUCAUGAUGGAGAUGACUGAUUUCACUCGUGGUCGUGGUCCACUGAAGUCCACUAUGGAUGUCAUCAAUGCUGCCAAGAAGAUCUCAGAAGCUGGAACUAAUCUGGACAAACUGGCCAGAACAAUUGCUGACCAGUGUCCAGAUUCCAGGUCCAAGGAAGAUUUAAAAGCUUAUUUGAAGAGCAUAGCUCUUUUUACACAUCAGUUGAACAUCACUGGCAAAGUGAAGUCUGAUGUGAUCACUUUGGACAGUGGGGAAGUACUGUUAUCAGGGCUUGACAGUGCCACCUCUCUGAUCCAAGCAGCCAAGAAUCUUAUGAAUGCUGUGGUCUUGACCGUCAAAGCAUCUUAUGUGGCCUCCACCAAGUAUCAACGAUCUCAGAAGGGUGUCAAUUCUCCUGUUGUCUUAUGGAAGAUGAAGCCUCCAGAGAAGAAAGCACUUGUCCGUCGAGAGGAUCCUGAGGAAAUUACAUCCAAGAUCAGAAAGAGUGCUAAACUGAAGACUAUCCAUGUUGUGAAGGAAUUGAGCGAAUUUACAGAAAUAGACAGUUUUUAAAGAUCAGUUUUUAAAGACAAUAAAGACAUUAUUUUCAAUUUCUAACAUUUCACACACAUAAUAUUGAAAUGUCCUCUUCAAAGUAAUAUUGCUUU